AAACAACAACAAAUAAAAUUAGUGAACCUUCCCAGAAAAUCAGAAAAUCUCAUCAGAAAAAAUUCACACAAAAAUUAAUACUGCAAAAAAUUUCAAAAAAAUUAAAUUUAUAAAAGCAUUCACUUCGAAUGAAAACCACAUCGAAUCAAAUCCCUUCAUUGACAAUUACUUUGUGAACUCAUAUAUAAAUAUGUAAACACGUAUGUCUCGCUAAAUCCUUCAAUAACUACUCAUGCAUACCACUACAUACACACAUACUUACAUGCAUACUAAAAAACAUAGAUUUGUGUUCAAUAUUCCUGUGCAACUAAAAUCAUAAAUAAUCGUCUGCAAAUCUUUGCGAAAUUCAUCUCAACAUUUGUGCUCAGUGAAUUUCAAUCCAGUGCGAUUUCUAUUUCCAAACAAUAAAUGAAAAAAAAAAAAACGAAUAACAAAAACAACUUACUACUAGAUUAAAUACUAAAUACUACUACUCACUCGCAUCUACAAGCAUAAACGCACACAAACACACACGCAUAACUGUACAUGUGUUUAUAUUUGUGUCUCAACUAGAAAUCGACAAGCAAGCGAGGAACUGAAGCCAUAAUUCGGAAAGGAGCUUACAAAAUAUCCUGCCAUUAAAUGAGAAUUCGAAUGCAAUUCUGAAACAACAACAAAAGCAAGCGAAUUGCCCGCAAAUUGUAUGUGAACCUUGAAACUAAUAAGCGUACAACCGCCUCGGCUUAACUACGGAGUCAACUUCAAACUAUACUGGAAACGGUAAACUACAAAUCCAACUAACAGCUAACAGCAAUUGCAACUACAACAACAAGUAGCAAAUCAAAAACAUAAAUUUCAUAUCGACACACAGUUAACGCCAACAACACUUGCUCAUACGUCCUAUCCCUCCAGUCUCCGGUGCUCGCUUUCAUUAUCGCUCUCGCUCUCUCCUUGUGCUCUCCCUGUGUGUAUGUGUGUCUCUGCCACUAAUGAAUGCAACAGAAAAAGUAUUUGGAUAUGUGAAAUAUGUGUGUUUGUGUAAGUAGCGUGCUUAGAAGUUGCAAUUACAGCAACAAAUGCCGGAAAGUACAGUUAGAAAAUAAUUGCAACAACAACAAGCACAGCACGCAUGCAAACGUGAAAAGAAAAGCAUUGGACAGCAGCAAGCGUACACAGCUAGCAAAUAAACAGCAACAACAACAAACACAAGAACAACAGCAACAACAACAACACAAACUUAUGGCACAAACAACGGCGAAGCAUAAAACAAAUUUGUGUCGGUGAAGUAGCAGAACGAAAACGAAGAAAAGGCGGAAGAAGAAGCGGAAGCAGUGCGCAGGCAACACCAACAACAACAACAACAGCAACGGCAGAUAAGUAAAUAUUGUAAUUGUAUAGUCGACAAGUGGAGCAGAGCGUAGGAGAGCAAUCGUCAGCAGGCAAGCGUAGCGUUAGUGUGACAGCGAGUGAACGUCUUAGCGAGACUUCACCAAUACAAGCAAGCAAAGCGUAGCGGUGUGUGCAUGUGCAACAAAUUGACCAACAGUUGCAACAAAAUAUAACUACAACAACAAAUUUAACGCAGUUGUGCUGUUAACAAUAUUUACCGUUGCUGGCAAUUGCGUUGAAAUCGCCGUACAAUAAUAGCAAGAAAUACAACAAUAACAAAUAGCAAAGUAGCAGCAGCAGAAGUAGCGGAAAAAAUCAGCCGUUGUCAUGAGGAUCAUCGCGCCAUUUCGGGCUCUGGUGCUGGCCCAUUUAUUUUACUGCGUAGCGCCAGCUGGUGAGGCUGAUUACACUCUGGAUGAUUCUUUUUGGAAUGAAGAAAGUCCUGUCGGUGAAGUGGAACGCCUCCUUAAGGAGUAUCGUCAAAAUCAGGAACUAGUACGCCGUAUCGGCGGUCAUUACUAUCAGAUCAUUUAUCCGGUGCAGCUGCGGCACCACGAAAAGAUGGGCAUAUCAACGCGUGAAGUGAGCCCACCAAAGGUACGAACACGAAAACGUUUGCGUUACUUAGAAAUGCGUAAGCGUAGAAAACGUAAUAUACGUACUUUAAACAAUUUGACCGGAACGCCGGGUCAGCGUCCACGACCCCAUGAGGAUGGUGGCUUCAGCAGAGGCAGAACAAAGAAACACUUUCAUCGCACCUCACUCUUAAUUAAGGCCUUUAAUCAUAAGUUUCGCUUAGACUUGGAAUUAAAUUCGCAACUUUUAUCACCAAAUAUACAACAAAAACAUUACCAUGUGAGUGGUUAUCAGGUGGAUGGUAAUCGGCAUGACAUUGAGCAUUGCUAUUACCAUGGCACCGUUAAGGACUAUCCUGGUGCUAGCGCCGCCUUCCAUACGUGCAAUGGUGUCAGCGGCGUCAUACACAUCGGCAACGAAACAUUCGUUAUACAUCCCUUCUAUGGAGGCGAUCUUUCGCAGAAGCAUCCGCAUGUGAUAUUUGAGGCACGCACUAAAGCCAAUAAAGGAUGCGCCAAUUCGGGUAAUUUAGAGACGUGGCGUUUGUCACGUCGCCCAAAACUGCUGUCGGCUGGCGUCAUCGACGAAAUACAUCCGAACGGUGCGGGCCGUUAUAAGCGCGAUGUACGCGAAGCAACUAAAUACAUCGAAACGGCCAUUGUUGUGGACCAAGCGAUGUACGAGAAACGUAAUGGCAGCACACGUGCCGAGGUCAUACACGACGCUAUACAGGUGGCGAAUAUUGCCGAUUUGUACUUUCGCACUCUGAACACCCGCGUCUCGGUGGUGUACAUUGAAACAUGGGGUAAAAAUCAAGCGCCCAUCGAUGGCAGCAAGGACAUCAGUAAAGCCAUAUCGAAUUUCAACGAUUACACAUCGCGAAAUCUUUUCCAAAUCGAACGCGACACCACACAGUUACUAACCGGCGAGACGUUCGCUGGCGGCGAGGCGGGCAUGGCGGUGCCGGAGACUGUGUGCACGCCGCGUGCGAUUGGCAUCAGCGUCGAUAUUAAUGUCUACGAGCCGCAUCUGUUGGCGGGCACGAUGGCGCACAUGAUUGGCCAUAAUAUCGGCAUGGGUCACGAUGACGGACGUGAGGAGUGCUUCUGCAGGGACUGGCAUGGCUGCAUAAUGGCCCAAUCGAUUGUUGGCCAGGAGAAUGUGCAGCCUUAUAAAUUCUCCGAGUGCAGCAAAAAGGAUUAUAUCGAUGCGCUGCGCACCGGACAUGGGUUGUGUUUACUCAAUAAGCCGAAUGAGAUCGAAAUGCGUCGCAAUUGUGGCAAUAAGAUCGUCGAAGAGGACGAAGAGUGUGAUUGUGGCACGAUUGAGGAGUGUGCCUUGGAUCCAUGUUGCGAUGGCAUCACCUGCAAGCUGAAAUCAGAGGCUCAGUGUGCCGGUGGCGCUUGUUGUAAUGAAUGUCGCCUUCGGCCAAAAGACUAUGUCUGUCGUGAUGCGCUCAACGAAUGCGAUCUGCCAGAGUAUUGUGAUGGUGAAAGUGGUCACUGCCCAAUGGAUGUGUUUCGGAAAAAUGGAUCGCCGUGUGGGCACUCAAAAGCGGGGUUGUCGUCCGGCUACUGCUUUCAAGGCGACUGUCCCACUUUGAAUCUGCAGUGCGAGGCGAUUUGGGGUUAUGGCGGUUUGGCAGCAGAUCGCCAGUGCUAUGAGCAAUUCAACUCGAAGGGUUCGAUCAACGGCCAUUGUGGGCGUGACUCCAAUGAGCAUUAUAUUAAAUGCGAGCCAGAGAAUGUCCAAUGUGGCACAUUGCAGUGCAAAGAGGGCGAACGCCAGCCAGUUAAUGAUGGCAUUGAUCAGCUUUAUUCGAGUACAGUUAUCUCAAUCAAAGGAACGGAAUAUACAUGCAAAGCCACUAGCGGUCAAGUGGGCGCUAAUGAGUAUCCGGAACAUGGACUGGUGAAGGAUGGUACGCCUUGCGGUACUGAUUUGAUUUGUCUGAAUCAGACUUGUGUCAGCAUAUUUCCACACGUCGAUUCAACCAAAUGCCCAACAGAUUCACAGGGAAAAGAGUGUUCAGGACGCGGGGUCUGCACCAACACGAAUCGCUGCUUUUGCGACAUGGGUUGGGGCGGCGUCGACUGUAGCCUUGUAGUUUUACUGACCACACCACUGCCAACGGAAGCGCUGCCAACCGCGGAGAAUACUAUCAAAAUGGAGAAGAAGGAGACGCCAUAUGAGAACUACCACGGCUCAAAUACAGUAUUCCUGGUCGGUGUACUAAUGUCAGUUGUUGGGUUCGUUUUUGUUACUUUCACCUUGAUGGCACUGUGCUACAGGUCAGUUGUAGUACAUAGAAACUUCUCCCUGUGUCUGAGACGCAAAACCACAACACUCAAGUACGAUCCGCCAUAUUCGAAAAAGCCCAUCGCCAAGGGCUACGCCAGCGCCGCAGCCACUGCCGCAAAUCAUCACUCGGUCGAGGAGGUUUCACUGGACGGUUCCAGCAAAUUGGUCUACGCCAAUCAGGCCGGCUUCAGGGAUAAAAGCAUACAUGGUCGCCGUUAUACCGGCGGCGGUGAGGACGAUCAGGCCCAUUCUGAAAAGGGUAUAUUGAAGAAGCACAGCUAUGGACUGGUGCACAAUGAACAGUUGAAGGAUAAAUGGGGCGACGAUGUACAGUCCGACAAUCUCGAGCUUAUAACACAACAGGACGGUGCACUCGGCGCCUCCACCAGCGGCGGAGCGGCGGUCUCCGAAGUAGAGCGCACACUCAAAUCGCUCAACGGCUAUCACGAAGACAUACUGGAGGCACUGCGUAACGCGGCCUCACAUCGCGGCACCGCCACCGGCAAUACGCCCGUCGGCAGCGGCAGCCUAAGCGAAGAGAUGCUGCGCAAGACACUGCAAGACUGCCAAAGCGCACAGCUGGGCUACAGCGUGGAACCGUACAAGCGCUCCAGCGGUUCCAAGUCGAGCUCACGCGAAAACAUCUGCGACCCCGCACAAGCGCACAUGCUGAUCGAAAGUGCGGGCAUUGGCGGUCAUGCCGGCGCCAUAUUGCAUCAUCAUCGCUCCCAGCAUCAAUUGCAUCAGCCGCCACCAUCAAUGCAGCAACAGCAACCGCCGCUAGACGACGAUGAUGCCCCGUCGACUGGGCCGUUGCGCAUACGCAAUCUGGAGGAUCUGAUACGACAGCUGGAGCAUCACUCGUCGCGCCACAUGAGUCCUAGCGGCUCCGAGGACAUUCGAAUGUCCGAAACGGAGGCCGAUCGCCAUUAUAGAUUAGAUAGUUCCGCCGCUUGUAGUGAAUCGUCGCAAGGCUCAAAUCAGCAAUUAGCACAAUCACAGAAAACUGCAACAAUACAUCCGUCUUACAGCAGUCGUUUGCGCCCGCGCUCCGACGAGGAGUCGCGCUUCGCCUACGGAAGGUACAGACAUCCCCAAGCAGCUAGUAGACAUCCAUCGCAUCAAUCGCAUUCACCUCAUGCUUUCGGCCAUCAUACGCAUCAUUCGCACGCCCACGGUCAUGCUACGCACGGCCCACACUCAUCACAUCACUCGUCGCAUACACACUUGCACCAGGACGACGAGGGUAUAUACGAGAGUGCCGACCACCAUGAACGUUCGGUGGUCGAGGCACGACUCGAUCCGCGUGAAACACCCGACAGUGAGAGUGAUGACUUUAUUCAAGCUCAACAACAGUUAGCCCGGUGGGCGAGUGAGGAUGUGGUAUCCGUCGUGGUAUUGGAUCAACCGCAAUCCGGCACAAUGUCGGAUUCCCAACAAUCCAGCGGCGUCGGACCAAUGUCAACGGCUACAACGAGUACCGUUAUACAUCAUCAACACCCGCACCAGCACCACGGCGAUCAUCCAUCCUCGGCAGCGGCCUCAUCAGCAGCGGCGGCGGCGGCGGCAGCAGCAGCGGCAGCCAACACCAACUCUAUAAUGGGUUUGGGGGUCGUGCCAAAUGGUAUAAAUGUAAGUCAGAGGGACUAUUACCCCUCGCCACCCUCAACGGAGACGGAAAGCAGUGGAAGUGUUAUCCAACCGCUCAGCCGUCGUUUGCCUAUACCAGCCGAUACCGGCCAACAGCAAGCGCAAUUGCAGCAACUGCACCAACUGCAUCAGCAUCAUCAGCAGCAGCAGCUGCAGCAUCAGCAGCAGCAGCAACUGCAGCUGUUACAGCAGCAAGGCGACACCACCAGCAGCAGCAACAACAGUCAAUCAGGACAAAUAAUGGAGAAUGGUCGAUAUCCGGAAUAUAAACACUGAUGAAAAUGUCAACGCAUACAGCAACAAAAACAACAGCAGCAACAACAACAACAACAACAGCAAUUGCAACAGCACUAGCAAUAAAGCCCAUAGUCAAAGGUGGUAAUACCGCCAUGAGCGAAAAUUAAACGGUAAUUCAUUUUUCUAACGGAAAUUAACCGAACAACUUGUUGCGUUGGCUGCAAUGCGACCAAAGAUGCUUCAUCGGCAUUGACAGCAGCACAUUUCUUAUUGCGACCUGCAAAACGAAGAAAAACGAAGUGCUUCGCGCUGAUUAACGAACAUAUAAACAAACGAACGAAGCGAACGAGCGAACGCGAUAUCGACCGAAGCCCAGCAAUGUGAUUUUAUACAAAGUAGCAUUUUAGGUUAUUCAAUUAAAUAAAUUGCAAACGAAAAUGAUUUGGUAGAAUUAUUAAUUAAAUUAAUUAUUAAUUAAUUAGUUAAAAGAAAACCACAAAAAAAACAAAAACGACUCAGAAACAAAAUUUCAAAUAGAAUGUAGACUUAGAUAAUUUACCAAAAUACCAAAAAACCAAAAAUAAAAAAUAAUAUUAAUUGUGUGCACUUGAAGCAGUUGAAUCGUGAAUUUAUUACAACAAAUUAAUGUGCGAAUUUGCGCCAAGCAC